AUGAUGCAGCAGCCCCCGCCGCCGCAGCCGCAGCCGGGCAUGGCACCGCCUCCUCCUCCUCAGGCCGGUGGCGGGCAGCCACCGCAGUGGGGCGGGAUUCCGCCGCCGAUGACGCAGCAGUACGGCGCACCGCCUCCGCAGCAACCUCCGGCGAUGUGGGGCCAGCCUCCGCCGCAGGCGCACUACGGGCAGGCGCCGCCCCUUCAGCCGUACUACGCCGCACCGCAGGCGCCGGCGCCAGCGGCGGCCGCCCCCGAUCUGACGGACGAGGUUAGGACGCUCUGGAUCGGGGACCUGCAGUACUGGAUGGACGAGAACUACGUCUUCGGAUGCUUCGCGAACACUGGGGAGGUUCAAAAUGUGAAGCUCAUCCGUGACAAGAAUUCAGGACAGCUUCAGGGCUAUGGUUUUGUUGAAUUUACAAGCCAUGCAGCUGCAGAGCGAGUUCUUCAGACAUACAAUGGACAGAUGAUGCCAAAUGUUGAGUUGACAUUUCGGCUGAACUGGGCCAGUGCUGGUGAAAAGCGUGAUGAUACUCCUGACUAUACUAUUUUCGUUGGGGAUUUGGCUGCAGAUGUUACAGAUUACUUGUUACAAGAGACAUUCAGGGUUCAUUAUCCCUCGGUGAAGGGUGCAAAAGUUGUGACUGAUAAAUUGACAAUGCGCACAAAGGGAUAUGGGUUUGUGAAAUUUGGUGAUCCUACAGAGCAAGCUCGUGCAAUGACUGAAAUGAAUGGAAUGCCUUGUUCUUCCAGGCCUAUGCGUAUUGGUCCUGCAGCAAGUAGGAAAAAUACAGGAGGUGUUGUUCAAGAGAGAGUACCAAAUUCUCAAGGAGCUCAGUCUGAGAAUGAUCCUAACAAUACCACUAUAUUUGUUGGUGGGCUUGACCCCAAUGUCACUGAAGAUGCCCUAAAACAAGUUUUUUCUCCUUAUGGUGAAGUCGUCCAUGUUAAGAUCCCUGUUGGGAAGAGAUGUGGUUUUGUUCAGUUUGUUACCAGACCUUCUGCCGAGCAAGCACUGCUAAUGCUGCAAGGGGCCUUGAUUGGUGCGCAAAAUGUUCGGCUUUCGUGGGGCAGAAGCCUGUCGAACAAGCAGGCUCAGCCUCAGCAGGAAUCCAACCAAUGGGGUGCAGCAGCAGCUGCUGGUGCUGGUGGUUACUAUGGUGGCUAUGGACAAGGUUAUGAGGCUUAUGGCAGUGGGUAUGCACAACCUCAGGAUCCUAACAUGUAUGCUUAUGGUGCUUAUGCUGGUUAUCCCAAUUACCAACAGCAACCAGCUGCACAGCAGCCACAGCAACAACAGUGA